GUAGUUACCUUAUACCCAGUGUCUCUAGUUAAUUUACGUUCACUGUUUUAAUAAAAUUAACGUAAAAAAUUAAGUGUUCCCCCCUUGUUUUGCAACAGGUGUGGUAAUUUCGGUCUGGGUGUUUGCAAUCAAGAGGGCCUUCGCCAAUUCCCGAGUUAUCAACAGCCAGCUACUCAAAAUGGACGAAGCAGAAGCGAGUCUCGGCACCCAGCAGAUCCCCGAAGCCUCCGAGUCCCUCUUCAGCACAAUUGACAUCAUCCUGCUGACGCUCUUAAUCGGCGGAGUCGCCUGGUGGUUCCUAAACAAGCAGAAGAAGAAAGAUGUGGCCGCCACCGCACGCUCAUACUCCAUCCAACCCACGUCCAUGACCCUCCAAACCAGCUCCGACAACUCCUUCAUCAAAAAACUCAAGUCGUCGGGACGCAGCCUGGUGGUGUUCUACGGGAGCCAGACGGGAACGGGGGAAGAGUUCGCCGGGAGGCUGGCCAAGGAGGGCGUCAGGUACCGGCUGAAGGGGAUGGUGGCGGACCCCGAGGAGUGCGACAUGGAGGAGCUGGUGAACUUGAAAUCGAUCCCCAACAGUCUGGCUGUGUUUUGUUUGGCGACGUACGGGGAAGGUGACCCCACUGACAAUGCCAUGGAGUUCUACGAGUGGCUGCAAAACGGCGACGCUGAUUUAUCAGGCCUCAAUUAUGCGGUGUUUGGCUUGGGGAACAAAACCUACGAGCACUACAACCAAGUCGCCAUCUAUGUUGACAAGAGGCUAGAGGAGCUGGGGGCCACGAGAGUGUUUGAUCUCGGACUGGGCGACGACGACGCCAACAUUGAAGAUGACUUUAUCACGUGGAAGGACAAGUUCUGGCCCGCGGUGUGCGAACACUUCGGCAUCGAGUCAACCGGCGAGGACGUCAGCAUGCGCCAAUACCGCCUCCAGGAGUUCAAAGACGAAGUCCCGGAGAAGCUCUACACUGGUGAGAUGGCGCGCCUCCACUCCCUCAAAAACCAGCGGCCGCCCUUCGACGCCAAAAACCCCUUCCUGGCGAAAAUUCUGGUCAAUCGUGAACUCCACAAAGGCAACGACCGGUCCUGCAUGCACAUCGAGUUCGACAUCGAAGGCUCAAAAAUGCGCUACGACGCCGGCGACCACGUCGCCGUUUACCCAAUCAACGACUCCGACCUGGUCGAGAAAAUCGGCAAACUGACAAACACGGACCUGGACACCAUCUUCACGCUCAUCAACACCGACGAGGAGUCCAGCAAGAAGCACCCGUUCCCGUGCCCCACCACCUACCGGACCGCCCUGACCCACUACCUGGACAUCACCAUGAACCCACGCACCCACGUCCUGAAGGAGCUGUCCGAGUACUGCACCGACCCUGCGGAGAAGGAGAAGCUGAAGACCAUGGCGAGCACGUCCCCCGAGGGCAAAGCCCUGUACCAGCAGUGGGUCAACGAAGACAACCGCAACAUCGUGCACAUCCUCGAAGACAUGCCCUCGUGCAAGCCCAAGCUUGACCACCUUUGUGAACUUUUACCGCGUCUCCAGCCACGGUAUUACUCCAUUUCUUCGUCGCCUAAGCUCUACCCCAACACAGUCCACAUCACGGCGGUCGUGGUGGAGUACAAGACGCCCACGGGGCGCCACAACAAGGGCGUGUGCACCACCUGGCUGGCUCUCAAGAAACCGGCCCCGGGACAGGAGCCCCCAACAGCCCCCAUCUUCAUCCGCAAGUCGCAGUUCAGACUACCCACCAAAACGCAGACCCCCAUCAUUAUGAUCGGGCCGGGGACGGGACUGGCGCCCUUCCGGGGCUUCAUCCAGGAGCGCCACCAAGCCAAGGAGGAAGACAAGGCUGUGGGUGAAACAGUUCUCUACUUUGGGUGUCGCAAGAAGGCUGAGGAUUUUAUCUACGAAGAGGAGUUGCUCAGUUACGAGAAGAGCGGGCUGUUGACGCUGCAUUUGGCGUUUUCGCGGGACCAGGCGCAUAAAGUUUACGUUUCGCAUCUGUUGGAGAAGAAUCGGGAGGAGGUCUGGAGGAUCAUUGGGGAGAACAAUGGGCACUUGUAUAUUUGCGGGGACGCGAAAUCAAUGGCACCGGAAGUGCGUAAUAUCGUCAUGAAAAUUAUUCAAGACAAAGAUCAGAUGACCGAGCAACAGGCGUCAGCGUAUUUGAAGAAAAUGGAAACGCAGAAACGUUAUUCCGCCGACGUAUGGAGUUAAUAAAACGUUUCGUUAGGCGUAAUUGUUGUAAAAUUAAUUUAAAAAUUGCCAAGGUGCCCAAAUUUGUUGAAUUUCGGCGACAUUCCUGCUAUAUUUCCAAGGACGGGUUGCUACUGUUAAAUUUUACUAAACAAUAUUAUAUUUAUAAUAAAUGGUAUCGUUUUA